AUGAACACAACAAUUGAUGACAAUCUGCCGGUUCCCGCCGUCACCACCACCACCACCAUCACUAGCACUGAUAGUAUUAGCCAACCAUCACAACAACUGUCACUACAAGAUCUACCUGAGGAAUGUCUACGUCUAGUACUGGCACACUUACCACUGAUCGAUAAGUUUCGUUUGGAAAGUGUAUGUCGUCUCUGGCAACACCUGAUCUACGAUAUCCAAUGGUCAAUACGUUUCGCCCGACUCACCUCACUGUCUUCGUCGGCCAACUUUUGCGGCGAUUGCACGCAUCGCGUAACAAACGACGACUGGUGUCCACAACUCAUGACGUUCGGCUCACGUACUCGUCAGUCACCGAUUAAUAUGUCGGCCAUGGAGUCAAUGUUGCAAAAAGUUGGCCACAGUUUGCGAUCAGUUAAUCUGGAUUUGGCGCUAAUCGAUGCCCAGGUAUUUGAAAUGUUAGGCGAGUACUGUCCAAACGUUGAGUGUCUAUCUCUAUCGUCGAGCACCGGUAUUACCGACGAAUGUCUGGCCAUAAUAGCCCAAAACUAUGGACACCGGUUACGUCACGUGAACCUACAGUGUGCAGCCAAUCGGGCUCUAUAUUUCACUAACGCCGGUCUCAAACAGUUCAUAGCUAACUGUCCACAAUUGACUGUCCUGUUUUUGGCAUCAAUUCGGUCACAAAAGUCCUAUCGAUUGAGCGCCGAUCACUUGGAUCUUAUGCAAAACAUUGACUACCUGUGCGCACCGUUGCCAGAUUGUAUGAUCGGCGAUGACGGCGCCCGACACCUGACACACGUCCAGUCGCUGACCGGAGUCGUGCGACUCAUCAACGACGGCAUUAUCUACAGUCAGACAACUAUUCAGCAAUUGUUUGAAAACUUGUGUCUACUGCCAGAGUUGCGACACUUGACUAUAACAACCAAUUGCGAGGCACCGUUGGACAGGGAACUGAUAACACUGGCACAGGGAUGUCAGCAACAACUACGGGAACUGUGUGUUCGACUAAAUUCUAUAACAAUAACAACUAUAGAAGCUAUCAGUUAUUUUUCGCGACUUGAAGUACUGGACUUAUCUCUUUGGAAACCAUUCGAGACGGGACUACUUCAGCUGAGUCUAUCGCCAUUGACUAACUGUCACGACAUACAUGAGCUACGGUUGGCAAACCUAUUGAUAACAGAUCUGUUACUCGACAACAUACAUGUUUAUGUGCCAAAUAUACGUAAACUAUUUUUGCAUAACAUGUUUGACAUGACUGAUAACUCGCUUCGGUCGCUGUCCCGGUGUUCACAGCUUACACACAUAUAUAUUACGACAACUGUGCCUAACAUAGUGUCCGAUGUGACCGAAAACGGAUUGAUUGCACUGUUAGAUGAGAUAUCGACAUUGAAAUUGUUUCAAAUACCUAUUAAAAAAAUCAGAGAAUCAAUGGAUGAAAAUGAAAGACAAAUAAAUAGAUGA